CAUCGCUGGCAACCCGUGGACACGGUCGCCUCGGCAACUGCCAUCAAUUCCGUAAACAAAGGCACGCAUUAUCGUGCGGAGAGGGUCGCGUGAAAAAAAAUAUUACCUCGACCGGGGGUCGCCCGCCCGAUGUACGAAGAUGUGAAUGCGCCGCGACGGCUCGCACUACUCUCCGCGUCCGCUCGAAAGACUCACCCACGUGCGAAGACUCGACCGCGUCCCGGGACCGCGUUCUCAGCGACCUGAGGGUUCCGCCGACGGCGCCGCCGCUGCGACGAUGUCGGGGAAAAAGGCCGCGGAGAAGGUCUCCGAGAUUGACGCGCAUAUCAGCAAACAGUACGACAUAGUGCGACGUCUUGGCAAAGGGGCUUACGGUAUAGUAUGGAAAGCGAUCGAAAAGAAAAGGAAGGACACCGUCGCGGUGAAGAAGAUCUUCGAUGCCUUCAGGAAUCAGACGGAUGCGCAGCGUACGUUCCGCGAGAUUAUGUUCUUACUGUCGUUCGCCAAUCACGAGAACAUUAUAAAGCUGAUCGGACUGCAUAAGGCGGACAACAAUCGGGACAUUUACCUCGUUUUCGAGUACAUGGAAACCGAUCUUCACAACGUCAUUAAGCGGGGCAACAUCCUCAAGGAUAUCCACAAGGUCUUCAUCAUGUACCAACUUUUUAAGGCGAUCAAGUACAUACACUCAGGCAACGUUAUCCACAGAGACUUGAAGCCAUCCAACGUGCUCCUGAAUGCAAAAUGCCAUUGCAAAAUCGCGGACUUUGGUCUGGCACGUUCAGUUACACAGAUCGGCGAAGGUGACGGCGAGACGGGAAGUGAUCCAACUUUGACGGACUACGUCGCCACUCGGUGGUACCGCGCGCCAGAGAUUCUCAUAGCUUCAAAGAGGUACACGAAGGGAAUAGAUAUGUGGUCCCUAGGCUGUAUUCUUGGCGAAAUGCUGCUCGGAAAGCCGCUCUUUCCCGGCUCAUCGACGAUAAACCAAGUCGAGAAAAUAAUGAUGACUUUGCCUCCACCGACGGAUGAAGAUUUAAUCUCCGUCAGCGCCGGUUAUGGAACCAAUUUGUUGGAAAAGACACCGAAUAGACCUAGACGAACUUUAAAUGAUUUGCUGCCGGAGGUGUCGCAGAAAGCCCUAGACCUUAUUAGCAAUUUAAUAGUCUUCAAUCCUACGCAACGACUUACUGCGGUCGAGGCGCUAGAGCAUCCGUAUGUGGCCGAUUUUCACAGAAGUGGAAACGAACCGGAGAGGGGCUCCAGCGUUGUACCGUUGUUGAGUGAUGAUGUGCAGCUCUCAGUCGACGAAUAUAGAAAUAAGCUUUACGCGAUGAUGGACGAAAAGCAUCGGAAACACAAAAAUAUGUCAAAAUCCAGACUGCGGCGAUUAUCUGAAAGUAUUAGGAAGGAAACCAGCAUUAGUAGGAGUAACCCGGUGAUCGGCCAAGGUGACACGAUUGUCGCGUGCUCGUCAUUGCCAAAUAAGAAAACGAUCAGGCCAUCCUACGGCGAUAAUUCUGCAUACGGCAUUACGAGAUCGCAGACGGUGAGCAACUCCAUAGAGACACCGGCACAGGAGACCUUAACAAAUAACCGGCAUAAUGUUAGGAACGUGGCGACACAGUACGCUUGUAAAUUGACGAACGGAAACGUACCCUCGACAGCGGCCAAAAGUUGUUUCUACUUUAAUCAACAUCAGCAUCAGCAUCAGCAGCAGCAGCAGCAACAGCAGCAGCAGCAUUCGCAACUGUCCAAGUCCCAGCGCUCCAUUCAAUCGGAUCAGAUGGCCAUGUACGGUGCCGGAAGCAGAUCGAACCAAUUAGUAACAACGGCGCAGCGCGCUAAGCCACGAAGAGCCUGCAGACAGCAGGUCUUCACACAGGCGCCGAGGACCUUCGCCUCGGCGUCCGUUAAUUGCCGCGGUGACAAUUAUCGACCUAAAACGAUGCCGGCGAAGCUGAUCAGGAUUAGUGACAGUCCGAACAGUAUCAGGCAGUCCAGCAACGUCGCGAGGACCGUCGUCAGGACUCCCGACGUCAGGACCGCGACAGGUGGGGUCAGCAGUCCGGAAUCGCCGUACAGCAGCCAUUCUCAGGCCGUCCGUAACUAUCUGAAUCAGACGGUGCCGUUGCUGGCGCAGCAGCAUCUCCGAACGCGAAAUCGCACGUCUUGCGGCAAAGACAACUUCGACAGAUCGUUCGCCGUCGCGGACACCGCGACGACCAACAAUCGCGUCAAAAGUGCGACGCGCGGUCAAGGUAGCAGGUUGUUACACGCGAGGCACAGCCUCGACUCCGGCUACGUCGGGCAGAGGAGGUCGUCCACUACGUGCGACAAGUCGAGGUUUCUCAACAGUCACAGUCAGAGUCACGGCGUGAUAGCGGAGUCGGUUUACAAGGAUCUCUGUAACGGGACAAUAGGGUGGUGAGUGUGAGGCGGGUGCGAGGCGUCGCGGGGGAUGAAAAAUGACGAUCAGCGACGGGACAGUCGCUCGACGAUCGCUUUGCUUUCCUAUCGACGAGAUUCGCUAAUCGGUCGUGCACGCGAGCUCUUUUCAGCGUAAGAUCUCUUUUCUGCUGGAGGGAUGACGCGGUCGAACGUCUCGGGGAUUUCUGUGCACGACAAGUUUGCGAAUGGGAUCCUAGAAAAUCUGCGAUUAAUGUUAUUUUAUAACUUACGUCGAACAUCAAACACACACGACAUUUUCGAAAAAUAUCGCACUUCUAUAGCUUUUCUAAAUUUAUAUUGUUAUAAUUAUGUAUUUAUAUAUUUGACCGACGAUAUUUUUUAUACAUUUGCCUUGUGGUUUGCUAUGAUGCAAACGACAUUUUGUAGUAAUUAUAUUUACAUUUAAUUAUCAAUUUUUUUAAAUAUAUUUGUGUCACCGAUAUUGUAAUUUGGCGAACGAUAAUUUCACGAUAAAAUUAAAAGAAAAUCUUCGUUAGUUAGAUUCCGUGAUAAGAAGCAAUCAGUCGUCGUAGACUAUCCUAGAGUUUGCUCGUUCAUCCUCGUGCGAGAAGCAAGCCGCUUCACGCUACAAGAUUCCUAAAUAAUUAAGCAAAUUUUACACAAAAUAAAUGCAAGUAAUAAACGCUAUCAAUGUGCUUUCGAUAUUUCGAAUUCCCACGGGUAUAGUCGGGAACGCCAGUCACAAAAGUGACCUCGAAAACACCAAAAUUCGCGAGCGAAUAUGAUUUUUAAGACCACUAUGACUACCUCGUAUACUAUUACUUUUUAUACCAUAUAAGAUAUCGAAGAGGUAAGUGAGAGACGAGCGUUGUUUCUCGCCUUUUCUAUAAUAAAAAUGCGACAAUAAGCGACAGCAUGUAAAAGAUCGAUUUCUUCUUUAUGAGAAAAAUAAAUGAGAAAAAAUGAACGUUAAUUUCGAGAAAACGGAGGCGAAUUAAAGGGCAAUUGCGCGGAGAUUGCAGAGAUCAUCCCGUGGGAAUGCGAAAAACAACGUAGGAGCUUAGGACGUAAGCGAUACGAAUCAUGUGGGGCCAUAUAGCGGAGUAUAUGACAUACAUAUUUUUCUAUGAUAUUUUAUUUAUACGUCGUGAAUAUAUAGACACGUACGGGACACACGCAUACACGCAUACACGCACGCACGCACGCAUGCACACUAGCAGAUAUCCGUCAUCGAUUUAGUGUACAAAUCUCAUUGUAUCAUACAUUGUGUCGUAAUGUCUUUGUGCAGCGAUUAUCGACAGCGCUCGGACUCGUUGCGUGCUAUACGUAUUGUGAGAAUAAAGUUUUAAUAAAAAAAA